AAGAUUUCAUAUAAAGAAGAGGAAAAACUGUUCCGCUCUUUCCAGCGCACAGCCUGUCUCUAUAUUUUAAUUAUACUUUUUCCGCCAAGUAAUAAAUAAACCUUACUUUAAUUUAAGCUUUAAAGGUAUCCCUACCCUAAAGAUCCAAACACCCACUCCUCAGCACCUCACCCUAGAUUUAUAGGACAUUUAAUUUUUAAUAUUUUAUCUUCCUGUCCUUCGCCGUUUUCUCAUUGGGAUUUAAUAAUAUUACCCUUUCUUCCAAAGAUUUUGGUUUUUUAAUGCAGGAAAAUUCUAUAUAUAAAUGAUGCCAUUACGUGAAUUUAUCCCUUGCAAAUUCCACUUGCUUUCUUGGCGGGUUCCUUAUUUUGGUUACUUCGGUUGAAGAUACAAACAACAAAAGCUCCAUAUAGUCGUUCUUCUCGUGUAUAUAUACAUAUAUAUUCUCCUUUCCUACAUGUUCACAAUUGAUCUGUGAAGUGGCUUUUGGUCCUGCAUUUUUUUUUUUCUAAUGGAGAAGUUGUUUCGUGUCAUGUUUGCUUUGAUCCUUGGUUCAGUGGUUUACGGGCGAAUCACCAUAGCUGCAGGAACCCAGGACGGUUUAGAACAGUGGGGAUAUGUGCAAGUCAGGCCUAAUGCCCACAUGUUUUGGUGGCUGUACAGAAGCCCACACAGAGUUGAGAAUUCCUCCAAACCGUGGCCGACAAUUCUGUGGCUGCAGGGUGGCCCUGGUGCCUCCGGGGUUGGGCUUGGGAAUUUCCUGGAGAUUGGGCCAUUGAAUAAAAAUUUGGAGCCUCGGAAUUCAACUUGGCUGCGGAAAGCAGAUCUCCUGUUUGUGGACAAUCCAGUUGGAACAGGAUUCAGCUUUGUAGAAGAUAAAACGCUCGUGGUGAAAACUGAUCUAGAAGCAGCGACUGACUUGACUUCAUUGUUGGCGGAGCUUUUCAAUAGGAAUCAAAGCCUGCAAAAAAGUCCUCUGUACAUAGUGGCAGAAUCUUAUGGAGGGAAAUUUGCUGUUACUCUUGGAUUAUCAAUUUUAUCAGCCAUAGAAAACAAGAAACUGGAGCUUAAUCUUGGAGGAGUUGUUCUGGGGGACAGUUGGAUCUCGCCAGAAGAUUUCGUGCUUUCAUGGGGUUCCCUUCUCAAAGAUGUCUCACGGCUCGAUGACAAUGGCGUGCAGCAAUCAAACAGUCUGGCUGAGAGGAUAAAGCAGCAACUUGAUGAUGGUAAAUUCGUCGAUGCAACAAACUCUUGGAGCAAUCUCGAGAAUUUGAUUCGCAUCAACAGUAAUUAUGUGAGCUUCUACAAUAUUCUGUUGGAUUCUGGGAUGGAUCCAGUAUCCUUGGCAGCAUCCGAGCUAUCAAAAGAAAUUGCGAAGAAUAGUUACUCUAGAUAUCUCAAUUCCCUAAUGUCUUCUCCAAGUGGUGGUGUUGAUCUGGAUACCUUCAUGAAUGGUGUGAUCAAAGAGAAGCUCAAGAUUAUCCCAAACAAUGUGAGAUGGGGAGGACAAUCAGAUCUUGUGUUUGAUGCAAUGGAAGGCGAUUUUAUGAGGCCCAGAAUAGCUGAGGUGGAUGAGCUACUAGCUAAAGGGGUCAAUGUGACCAUUUACAAUGGGCAACUUGAUCUCAUCUGUGCAACCAAGGGAACAGAAGCAUGGAUUCAGAAGCUCAGGUGGGAGGGGCUCAAUGGUUUUCUGAAUCAGAAAAGAACUCCUCUAUACUGUGAUGAUCAUGAAGGCACAACAGGAUUCCGCAAGACCUUCAGAAACCUACACUUCUACUGGAUUCUUGGAGCAGGCCACUUCGUACCCGUUGAUCAGCCCUGCACUGCAUUGAACAUGCUGGGUGCCAUUACACAGUCUCCAAGCGCAUCAUGACAGAUGAUACUAAUCACAAUAGCAAACUCAUAUAAUAGUUAAAAUAUAGGCUAGGAAGGGUGUGUGCAACGGUACAGGUGGAGAAAUUAUACAGGAAUCUAUCCUUCUAUGUGUUCCAGCUUCUAUUUUCAUUAAUAUCAAAGAGAACUUCAUUUUUAGUAAGUAUAUAAUUAAGGAAACAGACAUGUGAAGGGAUAGAUCCUAUAUAAUUUCUCGUACAAAUGAACUGAAAUUGGAUUGAAGAACAAGGAAAAUCAGCAGUGCUGUGAGCAGUGAAAGAGAAUAUUAAAGUUUUAGGAGUGUGAUUUGUUGUCAUUGAUUGUGCAAUUUUCUUUUAAAGGAUAAUAAUCUGAAUUUUCAUUACAAAGCAAACCAAUAGUAACUAUUGAUGGUGCCAUUUUAUUUAUAAGAACAAUAAAUCAAUAAUAAUGACAAGUAAUGUUUUAUUCA